CUCCCUCCGCGGCCGGAAAGUGCGCCUCGCCGGAGCCUGGAGGGACCCAGCCGGAGCCUGGCCUGGGAGCCAGCAUGGCCAUCCCCAAAGCCUUGCUGACGUGCCUGGGGCUUCCUGUCUUCCUAAUCGCAGGCGCCCAGGCCCAGAACCACGUGCCCCCUGGCUGCAGCCCGGACCUCAACCCCCUGUACUACAACCUGUGUGACCGUUCCGGGGCCUGGGGCAUCAUUUUGGAGGCAGUGGCUGGGGCGGGAGUUAUCACUACUUUUGUCCUCACCAUCAUCCUUGUGGCCAGCCUCCCCUUUGUGCAGGACACCAAGAAGCGGAGCCUCCUGGGGACCCAGGUCUUCUUCCUGCUGGGGACCCUGGGCCUCUUCUGCCUCGUCUUUGCCUGCGUGGUGAAGCCUGACUUCUCCACCUGCGCCUCUCGGCGCUUCCUCUUUGGAGUCCUGUUCGCCGUCUGCUUCUCCUGCCUGGUGGCGCAUGUCUUUGCCCUCAACUUUCUGGCACGGAAGAACCACGGGCCGCGGGGCUGGGUGAUCUUCACUGUGGCGCUGCUGCUGACCCUCGUGGAGGUGAUCAUCAACACCGAGUGGCUGAUCAUCACGCUGGUCCGCGGCGGCGGCGAGGGCGGCCCUCCGGGCAAUGGCAGUGCCCCCUGGGCCUCGGCCUCCCCCUGCGCCAUUGCCAACAUGGACUUCGUCAUGGCGCUCAUCUACGUCAUGCUUCUGCUGCUGUGUGCCUUCACGGGGGCCUGGCCUGCCCUGUGUGGCCACUUCAAGCGCUGGCGGAAGCACGGGGUCUUCGUGCUGCUCACCACGGCCACCUCCAUUGCCAUAUGGGUGGUGUGGAUUGUCAUGUACACGUACGGCAACAAGCAGCACAACAACCCCACCUGGGAUGACCCCACGCUGGCCAUCGCCCUCGCCGCCAACGCCUGGGCCUUUGUCCUCUUCUACGUCAUCCCGGAGGUCUCCCAGGUGACCAAGGCCAGCCCAGAGCAGAGCUACCAGGGGGACAUGUACCCCACCCGUGGCGUCGGCUACGAGACCAUCCUGAAAGAGCAGAAGGGCCAGAGCAUGUUUGUGGAGAACAAGGCAUUUUCCAUGGACGAGCCAGCCUCAGCUAAGAGACCAGUGUCACCAUAUAGUGGGUACAACGGGCAGCUGCUGACCAGUGUGUACCAGCCCACCGAGAUGGCCCUGAUGCACAAAGGCCCGUCCGAAGGAGCUUACGACGUCAUCCUCCCACGAGCCACCGCCAACAGCCAGGUGAUGGGCAGUGCCAACUCCACCCUGAAGGCCGAAGACAUGUAUGCGGCCCAGAGCCACCGGGCCAACACACCUCCGAGAGACAGCAAGAACUCCCAGGCUCAGUCCCCGCAAAAUAAAACGAGAUGGUAGAAGCCCUCUUCCCUGAACCACACGUCCGUCCUGAUGUCCUCAUACCUCUGUCUGGGCUGGGCAGGGCCCAGCACCUUUCCCGCCCUUGUCAUUGGAGCUGGGAGGGACCGGAGGCCACCAGCCAGAAGCAGAGGACUGAGUGGGGGGCCCGUGAAGCCCUGAGGUGCGUGUCUGGGGCCCUGGGGCCAUUCCCUUUGCCUCUCCUGACCCCCACGUGACUGAGGCCACAAGAAUCUACAGAACUGCCCAGCCUGCCUCCGUCCCCCCUCGACACCCUUCCCCUAGUCACAGCCCGUGUGUCCCAUGCUGUGGUUCUCCAGAUGGCCAUCCUCAGAUGCCCUGUCUUCACACCACGGGCCUUCCUGGCUGUCUUGGUGUCCAGCAUCAGCUUGUCCUGCCUGCGCCUGGGUGUUUGGAGCCAAGCCCUGGCGGAAGUGGGCUUUCUCAUCAGGGUUUCCUGCCACCACCUGGACCGUGGAAGGCCCCUGAGCUGGGACAGAGCUCGGCCCGAGGCCUGAGCAGACACCGCUCCUCUUCGUGGCCUGUGGGUGCUGGAUCUGAGCCCCUUUGGUGCUUCCCUCUCGUGCCCCCUUAUGCCACGGCCCCAUGCCUUCCCCACCUGCAGUGAACUGGGGCCCAUCGAGACACAAGGUGGGGGUUGGGGCUGCAUCCUCAGGGGCCAGCUGAGAGUCCUGGAUCACAUGGGCUGGGGUCUCAGCUGCUCACAGAACUGGGACUCAUGCCAUGUCCUGCUGGGCAGAUGUACAGAUUUCUGCCUCACCUUGGGCACCCCAAACGUGCUGGCACUGUUCUCUCCCACGACAUGCUCCAGAGGGUCCUGACGGCCACCCAGGGAAGUGGGGGGCAUCCUUUAGGACCUGAUGAUGGUGGAGCAAGGGCGGAGAUGUGCAUAGCUCCAGACUCACAGGAACGAGAUCUCUGUAGCAUCGUCUCCUGGUUUUGUCCUGCGCUCGGCUACCAGGCAGAGCUGGCUGGCCCAAGGGGGCCUCCCCAGGCGUGCCCCUGGAGCUCUGUGCUCAGCGCAGAGUCACCUCUGGGUGCCCAGGGUCGGGGGGAGGAGAACAAGAGCAGGGCCCGACCUCACCCUGUGGUCAGCCCACAGCUCUCCAGCACCAUGAGACCUCCCGGCCCGGAUUCAAAGGCUGGCGCAGAACUGGGGGGACGCAAAGACGCUCAGCCCGCAGCUCUCCAGCACCACCCUCCUGCCCCCAGCAGCCUGUGUCUUUGUUACUGGACUAUUUCUCAGGCCCUAGAGAGAGAGUAGGGCCGUAAAACUGCCUGUGACAGUCCCCUACUCCCCAUCGCCACCAUUGACCGAUCAUGUGCUGGGUUGCUUAGCUCCACAAACAGAGUAUUACUUCUCUCUGAUGGAGGGAAGAGGGAGCUCUCUGCACCUCAGACU